AUGCCGAAGCUGCCACAGGUGACGGUAAAGCAAAACUUGCCCCGCAGAAAGGCGGCGCACCGUGCUGCCAGCAAGCGCUGGCGUGACAAGUGGAUUCGCAAGGGAGUUCCUCGUGACAGUGCCUUGGCCAGCACAGGCACCGAGACGGACACCCCAACGCAAGAGGAAGAACAGCCCGGCGGCCAGUGCCCGGCCAGCGGCCGCAAGAGGAAGGACACCCCGGAAGAGGAAGGACAGCGGCCGCAAAGGACACCCCGGCCAGCGGCCGCAAGAAGGAGAGCAACUCUAAAGUCGAUCUUCGCAACUUCGUGA